UGCAUCCUACCAAGCUUUUAGGAUCGCAAUGUGGCAUAGAAGUCGUCAUUGCUUAGCCCCACAUCGCCGCUCUCCACAUGCAAUUCCGUAUUCUAGAUAUUCUAUUCCGUAGAUAUCCCCAACUCGAGCUUCAUCUCAACAAUUUCUAAAGCUACGGAAAGCCGUUUCUCCUCCCACAUCCUACGGUAGGAUUGUGCUCCCCGGCGGAUAUAAAUUGAACCCAGGGACUUACUUCCUACGGAUCUAGUAUUUUCAAAAAUCCGCGUUACGAUUAAACAGAGAGCGUCCAAAAUGUCAUCCACCAUCCACGCCCGCUGGCUGCGACAAGCCCGCUUCCUCUCCACCCACUCCCGACCUUCAAACCCAACCACACCUAUACACGCCCUGCGCAUCCGAACUACACCUCACCCACGAAACAGACGCUUCCAAUCCACCAACCAAUCCUCCCCUCCGGACCCCUCCUCCGAGUCCCAAGCCCGCCAAACCCGACGCUUCGACGCCAUCCUCACGCGCACCAGCCGCUGGCUCCCCAAGCGUCUCCGGCCGUAUCUCGAAAAGCUGCGCUCGGCGCCGUUCUCGCAUGUAGCAGCGUUUCUAGUGCUACACGAAAUCACAGCCGCGGUCCCGUUGCUCGGGCUAGCAUACGCUUUCCACCGCGCCGACUGGAUGCCGACGGCAUGGGUGCUAGGGCCGUGGGCGGCGUGGGCGGAGGAGGGGUUGGCGCGGUAUAUGCGCUGGUUUCGGAAGAAAGGCUGGUUUGGGCUGGGAGACGAGGCGGAUGGGGGGAAGGAGGGUGAGGAGAAGUUGGAGAGGAGGUUAAAGGCGGAGAUGGAGAAGGAGAAAGGGAGAAGUGGGGGGAGUUGGUUUGGGUCUUGGAGGCGGAAAGGUGAGGAUGAUGUUGGUGAUAUAUCUAUGAGUGAAGAACAUGUAGAUGGAGCUGGGGAGGGCAAAAGUGCAAAGGCUUGGCGGAAGGUCAAGGAUACAGUCACAGCCGAGAAUACGGAAAAGGGGUAUAAGAUUGGUAUACAAAUUGCAGCGGCCUACGCAAUAACAAAAGCGUUGCUAAUACCUAGGAUAGCAAUCAGUCUAUGGGCGACCCCUUGGUUAGCCAGGGGGUUUGUAACCGCGAGGCGCUCCUUGUGGAAAAAGCGUAGCUAGGAAUAAAGCCACUCCCGUCUAAACAUGCAAACGUAGCAUUACGGAUAGAGGCUUCUAUUUGUCUAUAAUUCUUGGUUUAUUGCAAUGUGCACUUUUAGUCUGAUCCGACUACAUGAUUUUGUCUGUUUCGCUUGUCCAAGCCAGAUCAAACUACCCUCACGUCAUGCGGAUUUCUAUCACAAUAGUUUUUUUUCUACUCGUAGAUCCACUUAGCUUGGGCGCUCUCCCAGUUGACAAGGUCGCCCUCGUUGAACCACA